UGUGUGCUUGUGUGUGCGUGUGGUUCGUGUGUGUGUGUGCGCGCGCGCGUGUGUGUGUGAACACCAGAUUUCCUCCCAUCCAAAAGCUCCUCUGUCCUCUUCCAUAUCACUCACAACCUGGCAUCUGACAGCAGCAAACCUGCCGUUUCCCCAGCAAACACGCACCAAUCCGCCCUACAGAUCUACGCGCAGGAGGCGGCGAGGAGGGGGGGGAUUAAAAAGGGGGGGCAGGAAAAAAAGAGAUAGCAAACCCCCCCACACUCGACCUGCUUUGAAAAACUAUUUAAAUAUCUAUAUCCUUUUUUUCCCCCCGAUCCACUGAAAACAUCCCCCCCUCCGCGCACAUCCACCAGCACUGCGCAGGAUCGGAGAUCCCUUUGGCAUCACAGCAAGUCUUGCAACUGUUCAAACAAAAACAAGGCAACAAAAAAGCAAACCCCCCACCUAUCUUUUUUUUUAAAAAAACCCUCAAGAAUAAGGAUCCGAACAGGUUGAUCUGGUCACUGGAGUGCCAAAGGAGACCGGAGGGGGCUCGUUGCUGCCGCCGCCGCCGCCGGGUUUGUUGGGGAGGGAAAAGCAGCCGAGGAGGGAGAGAGAAGGGGGGAAAAAGACUCUCGGAGAGGAAGAGAGAAAGAGAGACGGCCACAAAACAAGCCCCGCGAGCUUCCGAGGGCUCUCGGAUCUGGGAAGAGAAGUCCGCUUGGAGCAAGCGCCGCGAUGCCAAGGAGGAAACAGCAGGCACCCAAACGGGCAGCAGGUUACACCCAAGAAGAGGACCUGAAAGACGAUGAAGACAUCAAAGAGGAAGAAGAGGAUGACGAUGAGAGCAAUUCGACCACUCAUCUUCAGGGCAGCAAUGACACUGGUACGGAUGAAGAACAUGACGUGGGCCCCGAUCCAAAAGGAAACUUUAGCUACCAGAAUUCUCCAGUAAGUCAUGUCUCCAACCAAGACGCUGAGAACGAAUCGCUGCUGAGUGACGCUAGUGACCAAGUGGCAGACAUCAAAAGCCUUUCCUCUAGAGAGACACAGGACCCCAAAGCCAACGCCCAGCCCAAACUUCCCAACGAAGCACAUAGCUGCAUGGAUAAAAUGACGGCGGUUUAUGCCAACAUCCUUUCAGACUCUUAUUGGACAGGCUUAGGGUUAGGACUCAAGCUGUCCAAUUCGGAGAAGAGAGGCUGUGACCACAGAAAUGGAGCGAGCAAAAGUGAGUUUGACUGGCAUCAGGAUGCCUUGAGCAAAAGCCUGCAGCAAAGUUUACCCACCAGGCCUGUCUCAAAACCAAAUCUCUUCAGCUCUGUGCAGCUCUACAGACAGAGCAGCAAAAUGUGCGGGACUGUCUUCACGGGCGCCAGUCGGUUCAGGUGCCGGCAGUGCAGUGCUGCCUACGAUACCUUGGUGGAGCUCACAGUACAUAUGAACGACAGCGGCCAUUACCAAGAUGACAACCAUAAAAAAGACAAGCACAGGCCUACGAGCUACUCCAAGCCCCGAAAAAGGGCCUUCCAGGACAUGGAUAAAGAAGAUGCCCAGAAAGUUUUAAAAUGCAUGUUCUGUGGUGACUCCUUUGAUUCCCUUCAAGAUCUAAGUGUUCAUAUGAUCAAAACAAAACACUACCAAAAAGUGCCUUUGAAGGAGCCAGUCCCUACCAUUUCUUCCAAAAUGGUGACUCCCACAAAGAAACGUGUCUUCGAUGUGAACAGGCCUUGCUCCCCAGACUCUACCACCGGGUCGUUUGCAGAUACUUUUUCUUCUCAGAAGAACGCCAACCUGCAGUUGUCAUCUAACAAUCGCUAUGGUUAUCAGAAUGGUGCCAGUUACACAUGGCAGUUUGAAGCCUGCAAAUCACAGAUUCUGAAGUGUAUGGAAUGCGGGAGCUCCCAUGAUACCUUGCAGCAGCUCACAACGCACAUGAUGGUCACGGGACACUUCCUGAAAGUCACAAGCUCAGCCUCGAAGAAAGGGAAACAGCUUGUUUUGGAUCCCCUGGCUGUGGAGAAAAUGCAGUCGCUCUCCGAGGCACCAGCUAGUGACGCCCCGCUUUCAAAACCUUCCAGCAACACAGCUACAGAACCUGCAAUCCCUGCUUCAGAGCUGAAAAAAGAAAGAAAGCAAAAUAAACCAGAGGAGGCAAACAAAGAUGAGAAAGUAGUAAAGAAUGAAGACUACGAAGACACUCUUCAGAAACCAAUGGAUCCUACAAUGAAGUACCAAUAUCUUAGAGAGGAAGACUUAGAAGAUGCUUCAAAAGGCGGUGGAGACAUUUUGAAGUCUUUAGAAAAUACAGUCACCACAGCAAUCAAUAAAGCUCAAAAUGGAGCACCCAGUUGGAGCGCAUAUCCUAGCAUCCAUGCAGCUUAUCAGCUCUCUGAAGGAACCAAACCUUCCUUACCUGUAGGGUCCCAAGUUCUCCAAGUCAGGCCAACUGUUACAAAUAAACUGAGGCCUAUUGCUCCCAAGUGGAAAAUGAUGCCUUUGAUUCCUGUCUCACCUAACAUGGGCCAAGGCACUCAAGUGAAGAAAGAAGCAGAUGCCAAAAAGGAAGGACAAAAGGACUAUGUUAAAGAGGGAAAAAAAGUAGACACCACCCCAAACAGUCAUAAUGAAGGAGAAUCUCCCCCUCAAGUUGAAGCAUGCAUAGAACCCAAAAGGGCCGAUCCAAGUCCCUUGAAGGAGGAGGUCACAGCAAUAGAAGAUGAGGAGAAAGAAAAAUCAAAAACAAUGGAGCCAACAACGUUGUCUCUCAGCAAUGGGUGUGCUACACCUAACCACUCCUCUGACUUGCCUUGUUUAAACCCACUGAGCGCCCUGCAAUCUGUGCUGAACAACCACUUGGGUAAAGCAAACGAGCCCUUGAGACCUCAGUCCAAUUCCAGCCCCACUUCAAGUUCCAUCUCUGUGUUCCAUAAACCUAAUUUAAACAUAAUGGAGAAGUCGGUUUUGUCUCCCACCCCAACGCCGUCCAAAUCUGCAAGGGUUACAUCCAGGCGCUACAUGUUUAACAACAAUGACCAGCCAAUAGAUUUGACCAAAUCUAAAAGCAAGAAAGAAUCAUCUUCUCAAGCACAAUCUUGUACCUCCCCAUCUCAGAAGCAUGCACUAUCUGACAUUGCAGACAUGGUCAAAGUUCUCCCCAAAGCUACGACACCAAAACCUGCUUCCUCAUCUAGGAUCCCACCAAUGAAACUGGAAAUGGAUGUCCGACGUUUCGAAGAUGUCUCAACAGAAGUCUCCACUUUACACAAAAGAAAGGGAAGGCAGUCCAACUGGAAUCCUCAGCACCUCCUCAUCUUGCAAGCUCAGUUUGCUUCCAGUCUCUUCCAGACAUCUGAAGGUAAAUAUUUAUUGUCCGAUUUGGGCCCUCAAGAACGUAUGCAGAUCUCCAAAUUUACUGGACUGUCCAUGACUACCAUCAGCCACUGGCUGGCCAACGUCAAGUACCAGCUCAGAAAAACUGGAGGGACAAAGUUUUUGAAAAACAUGGAUAAAGGGCACCCCAUCUUUUAUUGCAGCGACUGUGCAUCUCAGUUUAGAACCCCAUCGAUGUACAUCGGCCAUUUAGAAUCCCAUCUAGGGUUCCAAAUGAAAGACAUGAACAAGUUGGCUGCGGAGCAGCAAACCAAGGUAGAGCAAGAAAUCUCCAGAGUUUCAGUGCAGAGAUCUCCUGAGACAAUAGCUGGGGAAGAGGACACAGACUCUAAGUUCAAAUGUAAGUUGUGCUCUCGGACAUUUGUGAGCAAACACGCAGUAAAACUCCAUCUAAGCAAAACACACAGCAAGUCACCAGAACACCAUUCACAGUUUGUAGCAGAAGUGGAUGAAGAAUAACUCCUGAGGACCAAUGCCUUAACCCCCAGCUCUCCCACCCUGAGCCCACCUCCGCCCGCCGCAUCGCUUCUGACAUUGAACUUCCAACAACCCGGACCGAGAAGACUGCCAAAAGAAUAAUAAAAAUCUCCAGCUAUUCUUCUUCAUCCUCACUAACAAUUUGGUAAUGAAGUAUUGAUUUCCACUCCCCUGCUUAUGGACGAUAUUAGAUUUUCAUUGAUAAACUGCACCGAAGCUGUCUGAUCUCCACUGUCCCUUUCUGCUGUCACUAAAACAAAGUACCACUGAAGUAGGAUAAUGACUGAGAACAUUGAUGUACUUAUUUUGUCAAUUUGUAACACUCGACAGGAAAAAAAUAGUAUAAUUCUUCAUAGUUUAAUGUCCAGGCGUGUUCCACAAGAUGCAAUCGCACUGGAAGCUCUGCUUUUCAUGGUAAUGUCCGUUUCCUAUUUAUAACCCCUUUGGGAUAGUUUGUCUAAAGGAAAUGUUUCAAUUCAGUGCCGCUAUUACUGAUGCACCUGGGUUGCCCAAUCCAGUCAUUGCACUAGGGAUCCAUACAUCACCGUAAGGAGAAGAAUUAUUAAGUUAAAACAGAUUCUGAGCCAAAAAAACUCAGAAAAUGUUAAUCUUCCCAGCAAGUUGUUCAAAUAGUUAUGGUUAACCUUGUUGCUGCCAAAGAUUUGUUGAAAAUGGAUUGUUUUCAGAUCCAUUACUCAUGUCGUGUUUUCUUUCUGAUUUUUUUUCUCUUAAUUUAAAAUCUCCAUGGCUGUGUAUUCAAGUUGUAUGCAACGGAGUGAUUGUUCUCAAACAAAAGCAACUUAUUGUGAUUUUUUAACAUUCCACAGGUGUAAUUACAAGUAAAAAACACUUAAAGUUUGUGGUCAAUGCAACAGCAAACUUUUCCACUGUUGGCCAAAGAUCCACUCUAGAGUGUCAGUGAUUUAAAGAUCAGGACCACCUUCCCCCUAUUUUUAAGUCCCCGGCUACUUUUAAUGGGAGUGACGCUUGUGUUUGGAAAAAGAGAAGGGGAGACUUUUGAUUUCAAAUUGGCUAUUUUGACUUUUUCCCCAUUAAAACUUUUGAGGUCCCCAUUUUAAUUUGUGGAAAAUUCACGUUAAUAAUGAGACCUAAUUAAGACAUCCAUUAAAAGCCCGUUAAAGUUAAUUCAACGUAAAAAUUCCAAUAGAACUGUAUUAGGUUUUCUCCAUUAAAUUAACAUUAUGGAUUUUUAACGGAUGUCUUAAUUAUAUGUUAUUAUUAACGGGAAUACUGUAUUACACAGAUUAAAAUCAGGUUCCCUGUCAACUCUGAAAAGCUUCCAAGACGUCUUAACGGUGAAAACUCCCCAGUGUUGUUUGUGAGGGUUAAAGACAAGCAGGGCCCUUUUUUACCCAGCUAAGCAUUUUCCAAACAACAGAGCCAGCCUAUAAGAGCCAGUCAGUCUGUGCACUUAAAGAAUGGAUUUUUCCAUCUUUAUAGAAGAAAUCAGACUAGAUCAUGUGGUAAAUGACUACUCAAAAUUCAGGUUGAAUUCAUUGUAUAAGUUAGGCAUGAAUGUGAAAUGUUUGGAGGGGAGAGAGGGACAAACAUAUUGUGAGGUAAUGCUAAAAUAAAACGUAAACCUGAACAUGUGCACAAAUAGGUCACCCACAUAUACACAGUAUUUCACCAAUUUCAAGAGCAGAAAUGUCCUGUGUUGGAAUUGUCUGAGAAAUUUUGUCAUGAUCCCUAAGCUCCAUAUGGAAGAGAAGGAGGGGGGGGGAUCCCCUUCUUAUUUACCUCCUAGGGAAAGUGUUGCCCUUAUGCCACAUAUAAUAGCAAAUUGCUUUUUUUAUGGCAUGCAUAACCUAGAUGGGAAAAAAUAUGGCGCUUGAGGGAA